AUGAACAAGUCAAGUUUAAGUUUAAUUUUAACUAUAUUGGUAUUGAUAGGUCUUUGUAUUUCAGUUACAAAGGCAACAGUAUUUGACCAAUCUAAAUGGGCAGAGAUGCAUUCCUAUUGCGAUACUCAAUGUGACUCGGAUUCAGAAGACGACGAUGAUAUUGUAACGUUGGAGGUUGGAAAGUGUCUCUCUUGGUCCAACCAUUGUGGUACACCAGGAUCGAUCAAUCUCUUUAUCACCUAUAACACUACGACCGAAUACUACACCUUUUCAGCGUCGCCCAGCAACGACGCUCAAUGCAACAGCACAACCACCGAUCCAAUACUAGAAGACGCAACACUCAAAUGUGGACAAUGCUCUGAAUUUAUGGGUGGUAAGGGAUACAUUGAAUUGGGUUGUUCAGAUUCUACUUCCAUCUUUUCAUUAUCCAAUCUAUCCCUUAUGAUCGUUGUUGUCACCAUCGUCUCGGCUUUAAUGACAGAAGUACAAAUGAAUGAUUAUCAAAGGAUGAUCAAGAUUUUAGAUUUAUUAGAACUUAUCACUCACAAGUUUUCGGUUCAAAAUAUGUAUACGGAAGCAGUAGAGGAUUGCAUGAGUCUGUAUCAUAUUUCAUUUCCACUCUCAGAAUGGUAUGAAGUAGUGGGUUUCGAUCAAUUGACAGAGUUUCUGCGAUUACUGCUAAAAUGCGCAACCCAAAUGUGGGCAUCCCCUUACAGAGACAAUAACCACGCAGAGGUAUUCGAGUUGCUCACCUACUUUCGGUUCUUUGAGGAGAAUGGUGAUAUGAACCCCAAAUUCGUUGAGUAUGACCCAAACGAAAUACGUUCAAUCAUAUCCCUUUGUGCAAUGGAGCUUGGUCAUCACGAUGUUGCAGUUCACUAUAGUAAACUGAUCUAUCAAGAUAUAUUGUCACAAAAUGCUUGGUUUACAAAGGAAUUAGAGUCGGGUCAAUGGUAUCGUUGGUUUGAAAUUGGAAAUGGUGGUGACGGCGGCUCAAAUGAAUUGGUCAACAUAGGAGACAAUAUUAAAUCACUGUACCGGUUGAUAUUGGUGGAAUUGAUGGUAUUGGAUGCUACUUUGCAAUCAAAGGACAUUACUGAGAUCAAUCAAGUUGCCGAUUCCAUAUCCAAGAAAAUCAAAAUGAUAUUGGAUGUAGAACAACAACAACAACAACAACAACAACAACAACAACAACAACAACAACAGCAACAACAAGAGAUUUUAGGAAAAGAACAAUUAGCAGAUUUAUGUACAAUCAAUUCUCUAGUUGAAGAAUUGAGAAGGACAGACGAAAAUUAUAAUUCUGAUAAAACUUUAAGGAAUAUAUCUAUUUUCAGCGUCGUUGGUCUAAAUAGCACUAAGCGUCAGUCUGACACUUUCAAUGGUCAAAGCUAUUUCCAAAGGUUUCUUCAAUUGGUUGACAGGUUGGAAUCAAAUACACAAAAGGUAGAACGACUCAUUCAAGCAUCGGUAUUUCUUAGUCCUGAAGCAGUUGACUUGUCAUUGCAAGGAUCGAUAAAGGCCUACAACAUCAUUAAACAAGAUGAUCAACAAUAUCAUUCGCCAGACAGCCAGCUAAUCGAGAUCCUUUUCGACCUCAUUGAAAACACAACUUUAAAAAUCCAACAACAAGUAUACACUAUUUCUCAAGCCGAGGUAUCGUUUCUUCAAAGACAAUUGGCCCAGUACCACCAAGAAAUGAGAUAUGUAUUGGGUUAUUCACAACACCCAAAACGAAAUUUCUACCAUUCUAGAGUGUCUUUCAUCGCUCAAGACUAUACAACAUCAAUCGACCUUGCACUUGACCUACUCCAAGAGAUUGAAAGCCACAAAUCGCCUCUGAACAGUGGAGAAAUACAGAUGAUGUUAAAUAUCACACCUGUCCAUAAAAGUAAACCAAAUGAUAAGAUGGAGAAAAUAUUUGGUUAUCUCAGACGAUUGGCUCCAAGAUAUUCUGCUCUUCCGAGUUGGUGUACCAUCGGCGACGAGGCUUCAUAUUUACUUAAUACACAUCAAUAUGAAAAAGCAAGAGCAUGUGCACAAGAAAUGAUAGGCAAUCCCGACCCACAAGACCGUGAAGAUCAACUACUCCAUGCCCAUGCCAUCAUGUUUGGUGUCCACUCUUUCCAUGGAGAGAUGGAUGAAGCAAAAAAGUUGGCAAACAAAUUGGUUACCGAAACUUACAAAAAUCUCGGAUCGUUUUACCUCUCUAAACCAACCGAAGAAGAGUGCUGGAAACGAUUAGAAUUAAAUCUAAACGAAUCACCCUCUGAAAGAGCUGACCUUCGUGCUAUAUUGUUGGGGAUUCUAGUAGAAACGCGUCCAAUAGAAGAAGUUGAAAAGUUUAUCACCACCGACUUUCCACACAGCACACCACAAGAGAACUGGCUAUUCAAAACUAGUGUGGAAUUCAGUUUCGCCCUCAUUAAUGUCUCCAUAUCACUCAUUCAUAAAGGAGAGUACGAACAAGCUGCAAAUUUUCUUUUGGAAAGCAAAAAAAAUCUGCUGGUCCGUCUUGGUGAUUCAAUCAAUGACAAUCAAGGUAAAAAACUGCUGGGCAUCACAGACACGAUGCCAUCAUUUCUUUCAGAGUUGGAAUAUUGUCAAUUAAAGUUGGGUCAGAAAACAGAAGCACUAUUAUCAUUUGAUGAAAGAAGAUCAAUGACUAUGUGUCGAACACUCGCCAAUCGAUUUAAUCUCAACACCAAAGACAACAACAACAACAACAACAACAAACUCCUUCUCUCGAUUGAUGAAAUGCAAAAACUAUCAUCAACAACCAACUCGAAAUUUAUUGUAUACGUUGCUGACCAUUGCUAUGUCAUUGAUCACGAAAGAAUAGAGAUCAAAAAAUUACCAAAAAUCAAAGUUAAAAUCAACUCUGGUUUCACAAGUAAUUUUUUUUCAAAUUCAAAAAAUAGUGAUAAUAAUGUUAAAAAAAAGAAAGAAAAGUCUCAGUCAAGUGGAGAUGGAUCAUCUCUUUCAUCAAAGUUUGCGAAUCUAUUAAAAAUUCAACCAAAAUCAACUAGACAACAGGAGGAAGAAAAUGAAGAAGAAGAAGUGGAGGAUGAAGGAGAUUCGGAGGAUGAAAUUCAAGAAUAUUAUACAUUUAGAUCAGAUGAACCACCCAUCUCAAAAUCAACAAACAACAGAAAAUUGGCUAGAACAUUAAAACAAUGGUACAUCGAAUUAAUCGAAGAAAUCGAAGAGUAUUUACCUCCUGAUUCAAGUGACACAACAGUGGUAUUUGUUCCCAGUGAACUCUUGGCCAAUGUUCCAUUUUCUGCAUUGAUCGAUAAAAAUGGUCGACAUCUUGUCGAAAGAUUCCCAAUAUCAACCACUCCAUCAUUAUCAUUAUUAAAUACUCUAUCUCAAUUACCACAUUCAAAUAAUAAUAAUAACAACUGUAAUAAUAAUAAUAAUAAUAAUAAUAAUAGACCGAAUGUAUUAUUAGUUGGUAAUCCAUAUACAAGUGACGAUGAAAAGAAAUUAUCUUCUGCACAAGAUGAGGUGAAUAUGUGUGAACAACUAUUCCAACAAUCUGAAUACACUUGUCAUAAGUUGAUAGGCCCAGAAGCAACUCUACCAAAUGUUCUAGAUAUUUUAGAGAAUACAAUACUACGAUACAUCCACUUUGCAUGUCAUGGUGGACCCGAUGGAAAGAAGGGAUCAACAUUAUUCAAAGGAUCAUUGACAUUGGCUGAACGUGAAGAUGGUAAACCAGCCAAACUAUACGCAGAAGACAUUAUACAACUUGCCAAUGGAAUCCAAACAGAUACAGUAGUCCUAAGUAGCUGUCACUCUGGCAAAGGAAACAACAAACAACAAGGUCUCAUUGGAUUGGUUUGGUCGUUUCAUUGUGCAGGUGCUCUUUCGGUUGUCGCCAGUCAUUGGGAGCUACCAGAGAAUGACCAAACAGUAAGAAUGAUCGAGUGUUUCUAUGAUUGCUUGAUCAACAAGAAACUAAACAAAGCACAAUCACUCAGACAAGUACAAUUGAUUGCAAUCAAUCAAGACCGUGAUGACCCUAACCCUCAUGCUUGGGCUCCAUUAUUUUUAUCUGGUUUAAAUUAA